CCCGUAGCCCAGCUCCGCCUCCUGCUUCGACGUCUAUUUAGCACCAGGGGUGCCACCUCGGGCCCCCUGCGGCCCCCUGACCGACCUCGAAGGUUGAAGGCACAGAGGAGGCCCCGACCCGCCCGCCAGCUCCAACAGGCACGCCGCGCCCGCCCCGGGACGGAAACGGACCCCCGCCGCGCCGCGAGGGACGCAGCCCCACCAUGGCCCGCCUGCUGACCGUCGCUGUCGCCCUCGGUUGCAUCAGCCUCUUGCACCUGCAGCUCCCAGGCGCGUGCUCCGGCAGCCUGCGUGGGAGCCCUCUGCCGGCGCGGCCCAGGAAGCCUCCUAUUCGGACGCCCAGUGGCCUGCUGCCCCGACACUCUCACCUACCCGCCCAGCCACAGAAAGCAGUCAGCCUAGCCCUUGCUAAGGGCCGGGCUGUCCGGGAUGGUGGCCGACGACAUCCAAGCUCCCGGCAGCACUCAGGCCUCCGGAGACCCCACGCCCAGCUCAUGCGGGUGGGCUGUGUGCUGGGCACCUGCCAGGUGCAGAAACUCAGCCACCGUCUGUGGCAGCUGGUAGGGCCGGCUGGCCAGCGAGACUCAGCUCCUAUGGAUCCCAGUAGCCCCCACAGCUAUGGCUGACAUGGGCCCUGGACACCCUUUGGGUCCCAGCCCAACUGGAACAAGGCACCCUUGAUCCCAGACUUGUGGUAGAGCUCCUACCUGGUUGGUCCCCAAAGCUGCAGUCAGCACCUGGCCCUGCAGCAGCUGUGCCCAUGUGGCUCUGGACACGUAAACCCAUACAGGUGUGCAGCCCCAGCUGGUGCCCACACAGUGUCUGCAUAACAGGGGGCUGAGUAUCCCAGAACUCUGUACACUCCGGGGACAGGUGCUGGACAGAGGUGGCUGACAGCACCUUGCACCAAAAGGGCUUCAGAGGGGACAGAACUGCUUAAGUUCAAGUGCAGAAGUCAGGGUCCUGGACACAUGGGCCCUCUGAGCAAGCAUGUGAGGCUAAGACGUCAGCUUGACCUGCUGUGGGCCGGCCUGGGGGGUGCGCUUCCCAGUGGGUGUCGCUUGCCUCCUCAUUGCCCUUCCCUGGGCCCAGGACCCCUCCCUGCCUCUGGCCUGAGACACAAUGGCACUGUUCCCCAGGACUGGCUGAGGGACAGGGAUAUGAAGGAUCUCUGCAGCUCCCACUGCCAACCCUGGAGCUCAGACGGAGGAUGCAGUGGAGACCCCUCUGGGUCCCCUGUGGGUAAUCAGGGAGGUGGCACAGGGGUCAGGGCUGCUGCUGAGCCAGUCUGGGCCAACACAAGCCAAAGACUCCCCUCCUCCCCCUGAGGUGGGUGAGUGUAUGUUUGCCAUGACCCCCUACCCAAACAGAAGAGAAAAGGCCCCAGGAAGACAAUACCACCUCAAGGGGAGUUGGGGGCAGCCAAGGAAGGGUGGGGCUCCAAAGGCAACCUGUGUGGACAGCCAUGGAACCAUGAGUGGGGAUAACAGAGGCUAGGCUGGCUCACUCCUCUGUACCUUGCCGUGAGCCAGGCAGGGGACUGACCUUGGGCAUCAACAAUGAGAAGCACAGCGGAGGAACUGAGUGCUGGGUGCAUGCCUGUCCCCAGUGGGCCUCUGCAUGUGUUCCUUAUGUCACUGUCAUCCCUAGCUACUGGCCAGCAGAGUCCAGGUUCAAAGGCCUGUGGAUCACUUAGCAGGUGCUCACAGUACUGAAUUUCUAAGUGCUUGCCAGCAUCACUCUGUUAGCUGCCCUGGCGGAGGGAUCUUUCUACCUGAGCCACCAGUGGUCAGGGAUGUGCCCCAGUUAGUGCAACUCAGCCUCCAAGUGGGGUCCCUGGCAGGCUGCCUCUUGGGACUGCCCCUCUGGGCUCCCGUCCUGUGCUUCUUCUGGCAACUCAAAGCCCACCUGGCCAGGUGACUGACCUUCCCUGCGUUAGGCUGUGGGACUGAGCAGCAGCACAGUGAGACAAGCAGAUUUCUGCACCAAGUUCAGGGGGCCGCAAGGGCUCUGCAUGGGGCGGGGGGCAGCAACUGAGUGAGGCUGGGUCCCCGAGAGGCCUGCAGUCCAGCCUUAGGUCACGUGCCCUAUGGUCACUGAAGACUGCUGUGGAGGUAGGCGGCAGUGGUGACCAGGAGCAAAGACAGAAAGGAGUCCAGGGCAGCCGGGCAGAAGCAGGAGCUCAGAGGAGACUCCAUGCCCAGCUGAGGCACCCUACUGGGGGCAGAGUCCAGCCACACACUUGCUUCUGAGCACACAGUGUUCCCCUCUCAGGAACAACCCAUCCUGAGUCCUCCAGCCCAGACUGCGGGAUGGCCUGCAGGUCCCCAGAAUUCAACCCACCAGUGCUCUCAGCCAAGGUCCCCAAGUCUUGCGCCUUUCCCUGAAGCGGCGCCUGCUGUCCCAUGCCAUCACAGCCACGGCUUUGCAUCUGGUGUGACGCCAGCCCUGCAGCACACUGCGCUGCCACAGCAUGUCCCCUCUUGGCAUUCAGGAGGCACAGCGUCUGAAGCCUCCCUAGCCUCACCUUCCCACUGCCCUUCUCACACCACUGGGCACAUCCUGCUGGCCCCUUCUCAAAACCCCUCCAGGAACUGGCCCUUCUCCUGACUGGGCACCAUCUGACUUUUGUUGUUUUUGAGUCACAGUCUUGCUAUGCAGUCUAGGCUGGCCUUAAAAUCACAGUGAUCCUCCAGCCU